AUUCAUCAAACGGAAAGGAAAAAUCCAAACAAGUCCCUUCCUAAAAAGAAUCAUCAACCCACAACUCUAAAUUCUCUCCGUUACUUGGUUUCUUUCUUUGUUAGUAAAUUUUUUUGGAGACCCAUUUUUAUUUGGGGGUUUUCUGAAAAUCCAUGUCCUUCACUUCCAAUUCUCUCCUUUACCCUAAAAUUAGUCUCUCAUUCCUACAUAAGUCCCCUUUUCUUCCUUUGUCUCUUCAACCCAUUUUCACAGACCCCUCUUUCUCACUCACUCUCUCUCUCUUUUCCUCACUCUAUCUAUCUCUGCGGAUGCAAAGCAUUUCAUUUGCCGUUUCAUCGAUAGUUUUUUUGAGAAAAUCUGGUUUGGGUUUUCUUAUAUUUGAUGAAAUUGGUCUACAGAGAGAAGUGAGAGUGAAAAGAGAGAGCUUGGGGGGAUUUACAGUAAAAAGAAAUAAGAAAUGGCACCAAGUUUUGAUUGCACGGGUCUUCUUUGUGCUGAAGAUAGUCUUUUAUGUCUUGAUGAAUCUGAUAUUGGGGAUGAUGAUUUUAAUGAUGGGUUUAUUGUUUCUAAAGAUGUUAUUACUAAUCAAAACCAUAACUUUUCUAAUGGGGAUGAGGAUUUUUCUCUAAUGGGGUUUCCUUUACUGAGUGAGGAGUGUAUAGUUUUGAUGGUUGAGGGAGAAUCUGAUCAUUUACCUAGAGAUGAUUAUUUGAUUAGAUUAAGAAAUGGCGAUUUAGAUUUAAAGAUUAGACGAGAAGCUAUUGAUUGGAUUGGAAAGGUUCAAGCCCAUUAUAAUUUUGGACCACUGUGUGCUUAUUUAUCAGUUAAUUACAUGGAUCGGUUCCUUUCAGCUUAUGAACUUCCUAGAGGUAAAGCUUGGAUGAUGCAGUUGUUAGCUGUAGCUUGUCUAUCUCUAGCAGCAAAAGUGGAAGAAACUGAUGUUCCUCUAUGUCUAGAUUUACAGGUUUGUGAAUCAAAGUUUGUAUUUGAAGCUAAAACUAUACAAAGAAUGGAACUUCUCGUUUUAAGCACUUUAAAAUGGAGAAUGCAACCAAUUACACCAUUCUCCUUAAUAGAUAAUUUCCUAUGGAGGAUUAACCAUGAUCAACGUCCGCCUAAAUCAUCGAUCACUCGAUCGAUUGAACUCAUAUCAAACACAAAUAAAGGGAUCGACUUCUUGGAAUUCAGGCCUUCUGAAAUUGCUGCAGCGGUGGCAAUGUCUGUAUUAAGAGAAACCCAAACAGCAUUUGACAUUGAUAAAGCUAUAUCAUGUUUCAUUCAACAUGUAAAAAAGGAAAGAGUUCUCAAGUGUUUUCAAAUGAUCAAAGAUGUAUCGUCAUCAGCAUCAAUACCUUCUUGUAUUAGUGGAAUUGUUAAAGUUGGAAAUAGUUCUUCAUUACCAUCCGCGCCUCGAAGUCCAAUUGGGGUUUUGGAUGCUGCAUGCUUGAGCUAUAAAAGUGAUGAAUUAACAGUUGGGUCAUGUGCAAAUGAAUCACAUUCAACUCAUGCUGCUAAGAGAAGAAAAUUGAACAACAGCAACCCAUAUGAAGUAGUAGAUUUGAAGUCAUGAGAGAAAUGGGGUUUUCUUAGAAAGGAAGUCAUGAAAGUAGGAUUUUUUUUUUUUUUAAUACUUGAACCAAAAUCAAUUCAGUUUGGUUUGGUUGAAAUGGAAAUGUGUGUGGUAUGGCCCCCUCCCUAGAACAAUAAAUCACUAAGCUGGGAAAGAUUAUGAGUGGUGGAUGAUCUUAGAAGGCCAAAACAAGAACCAAAUAAACAAAAAAGAGAGAUAGAACCAAGCGGCAGCAUAAACUUUUUGUGGCAGGGUAGCAGUGGGGAAUGGACAAUGCUCCCAUGGAUGUUAGAAAGAAUGAAACAGUGAUCAUUAGCACUAUGAAUUUCGAACAACCGUAGAAGAAUUUUUGAACAACCGUAGAGGAUGGAGAGAAGAAGAGCAGAGAUACUAUGUCAUCUGUGUAGAAGAUUACAGGUUGAUGUUGUCUUCCAUCAGUGACUAAAGAACCGAAAACAUACAAUAACAGAAAGAAAACAAUGUGAAGGGGGUUUUGUUGUU